GUUGCAUUGAACAGAGUGGUUGUAUGGCUGUUAUCGCUUAUACUAUACGAUACGUUGUUUAGUGCGUAUUAAAAUCAUUCAGGAAGUGUUAAUCAUCCAGAUGACUGAAAAAUACAUGUGACUUAUCUACUAUGGUUACAAAGUUAGAAUGGGUUUAAACAAUGCAUUGGAUAUUUGGAUAUAACUCAAUGUGAGCAUUUAACAUAGGUUAGGAUUAUAUUUUGUCAAAUAUACUGUUGCUAUCAGGUUGCAGUAAUAUUGUAUUCGCUUGUCCUGAAGUUUAAAUAAAUUGUGUCGGUAAAAAUUCUUGUUAUAUAGGCUUCAAGCAUACUCUAUGACGUGAUGGUGUAAUUUAUUCAAUUAUAGUUCAUAAAUUACAUGGUGUUUAUCUAAUUGUCAAACCAUUGAAGAGUGCGCUAAAUAUACCUGAGGUAAUACAUAGAUAGUUCAAUAUUACAAACAAUGCAUUUAACAAACGUUUGAGAGAACUGUUGGUUCGAUUUAAUGAGGUAACACUUUUAAAGCUACGAACAACAUCUGAAAUAGACUUAACAUGUCGGACAGUCUGGAUGACAACUAUCACACACCGGAUGAGACUCUGUUGGAGGCGGCGUCAGGCAGCGACAUCCCCAUUAUAGUCCGCAUCAAUGAGACGUAUCAAAACGAGGACUAUGACGACUCAGGUUGGUUUGAGGACGGCUUAGAGAUAAUGGUCGAAGGGGUUCGCUCGAUCGCUUACGCCCGAAUACGGGUUUUAGAUGUACAUAACGAGAAAGACGCGCAAAAGGCGCACUAUGACGAUUUCGUGGGGGAGAGGCAAAUGUUCUUGGAUCAGGUGUACCUUAUACCUAUGAACGUCCCUUUGAAAUUGAAACGUGUCACCAGACCAGGGAAAUCAACAAAGUAUACUUCAAUCGCUCAGGUUAUAGAAGAUAUGCCGACGAAGCUUCUGGUCCACAAAGAUGUGAUUUCGAUCCCGCCCGGCGGCGGUCAGAACACUUUGGUUCCGGCCAACACGGUACUCACAGUUAAGCGCGUGUUUACGUGCUCUAUUGACACGGCGCAAUAUCUCCAGUGCUCGUUCCAAUCCAAGCACGUGUCAUUCAAGGACACAUUACGCGUGCAGUUCAGCGCCAUCGGCGACGACUCUCUUUACACAAUGCGCUACUUGCAGAUGGCCAACGUGUUUCCCACAGUGUUCGAGUUUCAGAAUCCCAAACCAGACGACGUUGUGCACUACGUAAACUACGAGGCAAAUGUUGCGCUCACAGUUGCGGAAGGUCCGCUGGAGCUGCUGGGUACAGAGCACCUAAACGUUGUCAUCGCCUGGAAACGCCAACACGAAGCAAAAUCUUACAGUACGUUGGUCAUACCAGAGUCUCGCGCUAGAACGCUGAUGGUUCAGAAACAACAUUUUGAUGACAAAUUUACUAAGAACAACUAUAUGCAGAGAAAGUAUACGGCUUGCACACAUCUGGAUUUUGUCUCCGACAAGUUGUAUUUAAUACCGCAGGAUCCACCGAACGCUGUGUGUCUGAAAAGUCCAAAUCUUUUCUUCUACGACCCAAAAGCAUGUCGACUUCGCGUGGCAAAAGACGGCAUUACAUUCAAUCCCUCCACGGAUGAAGAAUCAUACGACAGCGACUACGCGGAAAUAGCGCCCCCUAUACCAGAACGAAUUCCAAUCAUCUGUCCUCAGGCCUCGGAGAUCGCUAAGAAGAAAAUCGGCCUGUUUCACAACGUUCACAUGGAAAUCAAGAGCUUGUUCAAGAAACGUUUUAAAAGUCGACGUCGCAAAAGAUGAGGAGAACAAAUGAGAGAACCAGGCGGGUAUCUUAGCAAUCCCAUGUACAGGCGUUCACAAUCUAUGCCAGACAAUCGAAUAGACGAAUCAGACAACAACGCAACCGAAAACGACAGACUAAAAAAAAUUCAGUACCAUGGGGUUACGAAGACCCCCGGCCCCACCCCCAGAGAGCGCUGACUCCCAACAAAUCACGAUAUCUGCAAAAAGCGUUUUAGCAACAUCGAGUAUAUCAAACUCGAAGUCUCCAAAUGAGCCAGGCUCUUCACCAACAACACGCGCUCAAUCUGAAAUGAACCCCCUGCCAGAAAUAGAAGCUCCAGGAUGGAUUUCAUCCUAGAGCGUGUAUCAAUGAUACAUUAGGAGUCAAACUAACCGAGAUAAUAAUUACAAUAUUUUAUUACUGCAGCAAGUGCAAUUACCUUAAUUAUUAUAUAUUAAACGUCUUAAAAUCAUAUGGUUUUAUUCCUUAAGAUUAUUUAAGUACAUAUAAUUAACACUCUUCAAUUCAACACUUGACCAAUGCGCUUGUAUAAAAAUUAAAUGUUAGAUCCUUUGAUUUUUGUUGGUACAUAACAAUAUGCUUCUUGUGACGAUUAACUAUGCCUAUUGCAUAAAGCUUUACUAGUAAAUGCACAAUGAGUGCAUUAAUAAAUUGAUAAUGUGUAAAAUAAAGUCUUUUUUCCCCGUACAGUUGCACAUGAAAAAUGGUAGUCAACACGUAUGUUUUUAUACUUACGUCCUUUUCCGCCUGUAUGCGAAGACAAUUAGGUAUUUUCUCUGCAAGUAAUCUUUAACAGUAAUACAAGUCAUGACAGUUGGAGUAAAUGCAAAACAAUUAACAAAAUUAAUAAAUUUGUAUUGUUAUGAUUAACAUUUACAGUGUACUAGGUAUGUAUGGUUGUAGAUUUAAUGAACGGUCAUGUUUAUUCAUAAAAAUGAGCAUUUCCUUGUAUAUUUUCACACAAAUUCCUUUAUAUUUUUACCACACUGUGCAAUGUCCGAACUGGUAAUUAGAAUUUUUUUAUUUGUUUAAUAUAUUAUUUUCUUUUAAUUGUAAUCAAAUGUAUUAUGACGCAAGAAAGUAUGUUAAUCAUAAAAAGUAAAUAAUGGUGUUAACAUUUUGUAAACAUGAUAUAGACUUGUUGUGAUUAUCUGCGAAUCUUUAAAAAAAAUCUUAUGUUUUGGAUGACAUUUUGAAGUCAGUCUUUCACUCGUAGCAAAAUGUAAAAGUCCUUGGAACUUUUAUGAUCAUACUGUUGUAAGCAUUACCAUUUAGCUAUUUACCAGUAGCCAAAUCAGAGAUCGCCCCGCCCACUCUGUUUUGUUUACAUUAAAUGCUUGUUCCUCUCCUC